AUGACAGAUUAGAAAGGGUUAUAGAAGUUGUCAACGUAUCGAAUGUAAGCAAAUAUUGGUUGUUUACAAAGAGAUGUCGACUCCUCGAGCGAUACGUGGCACUAAAAUAAAAGUAAUUUUCAUCUUUUGUAUAGUGUUUAUAUUGGCAGGAAUACUGACUGGUGCACACAACAUUUUAAUUCAACUUGUGGAGUUGAAGGAAUCCAGUGCUAUCUGUCAUCAGCAAGAAGAAAAUUUGUCAACACAACUGCAAGUUAUAAGUGAUUACAAACAAAGGCUUGAAAAAUCCUUAAAGAUACAAAAUGCUGAGAAUCAGCAAAAGAGAAUUCAAUUGGAACAGAAAAUUGAAGAUGAAAAAGUGAAAUAUGAAGAACAAAUUAAUGAAUUAAAGCAAAAAUAUGAAUCAUCACAACAGCAUUUUAACCUUUUACAAACUAAUUAUGAUGACCUUAAACAAACAGAUGUGAAAAAGAUUAAAGAAUUAGAAGAAACUAUAAAUACUAUAAAUAAGAAUGUAGAACAUCUAAAGGCCAACAUACUUCAAGCUCAGUUAGAUAAAGAAAAUUUACAGAAAAAAUAUGACAAUGAUAAAUUUAAUGAAAAAGAAAGUGAAAAUGAAAUAAAUCACUUGAAAAAAAUUAAUAGAGACAUAACAAAUGAAUUAGAUAUCUUAAAAAAUAAGGAAUCUCCAGCAGAGUUUAAAAUUUCUAGUUCAGUGGUAUCGCCACCAAAUAAGAACCUUUUGUCACAACCAAAUGCUGGUAAUUUGUUGCCAAGUAAAUCUACUACCAAAUCUGGAGUUCAGAUCUCAUCGGGAAGCCUUAAUAAUGCCCGACCAAUUGGUGUUCCAACAGUGACGCCAAAGUCUAUGAAGGAACACAUUUUAUUUGGCAUUCCCAAGGACUUGGAUGAAAUGCAAAGAAGAAAACUGCCUGAUGGUGUGGCUCCUAUACCAAACGCUAAUGCUGAUUCUAAUGACCCUACCAACAAUAGAUACAGAAUUGUAGACGAUCCCGGCAAAGUCGACGAUGCCGAGAAGGAAAAUGGUGCUCAAGAACAAGUCGAUAUUCCGAUCCAACGCAACAACAAACCCUUGAAGUCCGCCGAAGCAAACGACGUCGGUCUCGGUUUCAACGAAAACGAGGCGAUCCAACAAGCCCAAAAAGCCAACUUCGAUAAAAAUCACAUCGACAGUUUGGGAGUCAGAUUGAAGGACGACAAGGCGGAUUACAACGAACUACAGAACGAAGUCCCCGUGGAAGAUCCCGAAGAGGAUGAUGAACAAGAUGAAUAUGGUGCCCCUAUGGCUAGGAACAAAGACUUCGCAAUUCGAAACUAAAAUUAGAGUUGAAUAGGUCCAUAAUUAUUUGCACCAGUAUUAUAAUUAUUCAGUAUCAACCAAUACAUUGUUAACAACUGCCACAGAAAACCUACUUAUAAUUACAGAACCUUUAAGUUAUUGUAAUUAAAUCUGUUUUGUGGAGGGGUAGUCCACCAUCUCAGUUUAUUUCUUAAAAUGUAGGGCAACUAUAAAUAAAAAAAAUAUAUGUAAAAUAAUUCUAGGUAGGGCAUGCCCCAAUUUAUUGUUUGUGGUCUUUAUUACAAGUGCAAGGGUUUUCUGUAAAAAUGUAAAUAGUGCAAUACAUUUCUGUAAAUUUAUAUGUUUAGGAAACUUAAGUAAGUACAGUAUUCAUAAAAAAAAGCGUACAAAAAUUACAAUGAGAGAAAACGAUCACCAUAAUAUUAUUGCUUAGAACCGGCUUAUCACUGACUUAAGUGAUUAUAAUAAUUGAAUCAGUGUGAUUAAGAACAGUACAAGUCCAAAAGUAAAAAUUUUGACAAAUUAUUUUAUAAAAUCAGUUUUAUAGUUUUAUGUUUUCUUUAUAACCUAUAAUUAUGACUUAUGUAAGCGAUAAGCCUUAUAUUAAGCAUUAUUAUUAUGGUGACAGUUUUCUCUCAUUCUAAGAAUUAUUCUUGUACACUUUUUUAAUAAAUACAACUGUAUAUAUGUGAUAUUUUUGUUGAAAUAUUCACUCAUUUUAAUUGUAUAUACAUUUACUUAAACUCAAUUUGCUCAUUUAUGUAAUUUAUACAUACACUUUUUUAUAAUUAAUAAACCAUUUAGUACAUUAA